GAUGCACAAUUAGUGCACUUUCUUAUAUAUCCAUUGACUCUUCUCUUACGCCAUUGACAUUGGGCAUUAGGCUUUAUGAUCUCUUGCUGUCGGUCAAUACGGCUCGGAGUCAAACCCUAAUAAGAUUUAGUGGUGAUUUCAUAUAGCCACUUCCUCUCAUGCUCAAUAUAUAAUUAAGUCGAUUUUAAAAUUAUUAGUGAUUCCAUGAGAUAACUAAUAACCUUUUAAGCUUAAAUUGUUAAUCCAAUUAAUUUUAAUUUCAUUAGUCAAAAUUGACCUGAUGGUAUAAAUGAUGGAUUAAUUUAUUGACCUUUCAUGCCCUCCGUAAGUGCGUGUGCUGUCGCAAAAGUAUUUUCUGGUAUCUUUCGUUAUCCAGAAUACAAAAUUAGGGUUUGCGUGCGUUUCGCGCCCGUGACUCACCGCCACCUCAUCUCUUGGUUGGCGCGAUGAGGAGACGAUGCCAAGAGGCGGCGGUGAAGGAGGAGGAGGAGGACUCCGGGAAGCUCUACGAGGAGUACAACGAGCUAGCUCCACGGGCUGGCGCAGGAGUUCGAGACGCCCUUCGACGUACCGGCGGUGCUGGUGGUGGGGCACCAGACCGACGGGAAGAGGGCGCUCGUGGAGGCCCUCAUGGGUUUCCAGUUCAACCACGUCGGUGGCGACACCAAGAUCCGCUGGCCGAUCACCCUCCACAUGAAGUACAACCCCGGUUACGUCGUCUCGGUCUGCCGCCUCGUCUCCGACGCCGGCCCCACCGUCGCCAGUCGCAUGUCCUUUCCCGAGAUCCAGGAGAUUGAUGCAUUAUUAGGUGUGCGCACACUUGAUCGUUCCAGACCUGAUGCAGUGGUUGGGGAAAAGCAGAAACUAAGUAUACUCAAUAAAGGAUUUGGAACUUCGUAGAGAAGAUGGAAGGGCUCUUGUGAGAACUUUAAAUGCAACAACAAAAUUAUUGGAACACGCUACUUCAACAGCUACAACGACACGACUCAAGAAGCUUCUCCACGGGACUACAAUGGCCAUGGCACCUAUACUGCCUCAAUUGUGGCCAGAAGAAAUGUGCACAUUGUUAGCUGUACAGCCUCACCGGAGGGACAACCAGAGGCAUAGCGCCUUCUACUAAGCUUGCGGUGUACAAAGUCUGUUGGCUAGUGGGGUUUGCAGGCGAAGACUUGUUGGUUGCCUUUGACCACGCGAUCACAGAUGGGGUGGACAACAUCUCCAUCUCGAUCAGUAGCGACCAUGCGAGUGAAUACUUCGAGGAGCCGAUAGCCAUUGGUGCGUGCCACGCGAUAAGAAGAGGAUUCUCACAUUAGCCUAUGGUGGCAAUAAUAGGCAUAGUGGUCGUGGCACGGUAGGUGAUGUUGUGCCAUGGAUGCUAGUGUCAGUUGCAAAUAGCAUUGAUCAUCGCUUCAUAGACACAUUGGUUACUGGAGAUCGAAGGACCAUUCUGGGAGCUUCCAUUAACACAUUCCCUACAGAGAAGAAAUCUUACCCCUUCAUAUCCUUCGAUGAUGGAACAUUUCCAUCGAGGGAUUGGAGCCUUUGUUUGUUGGGGCUAAAGGCACGGUGAUGUUGGAUAACGAUAUGUUUGAUUGUCAACUUUUCCAUUUGGCUAUUCUGAACGUAAGAGGUUUAUGGAGUACAUCGACAAGACCGACAAAGUUCAACUUUCUUCCUAAUUAGUUCACACUAACAUUAUCAACUGUGCUUAUAUCUGCUUCUGGAUUCAGGAAUCCCGUGGCUAAUGUACAUGAGUAAAACAGUAUUCGACUCUAAGCUUUAGUUGAUGUUCAGGAAGUGUUACUGAUGUUUAUCAUCAAAUACAAUCGGCUGUCUGAUUGAAACCGACUGCCUCCUUGUUUGUAUGACAUUCUCAUGACUAGAUUAUAGAAAACAUCUGAUGAAA